UUUUGGAAAAAGCGGUCGAAAAAUGGAGUACCGGUUGUCUGCCUUGGUGUAAAAGAUGGAUUAAUAAAUACGUGUUCCGUUAUAAGAAGAUAUUGGGAAUACAUGAGCACAAUAUGAGUGCCUGUUUCCAGAAGCAUGUUGGUAAACAAGGCAAAAGGAAGAAAGCCGAGGACUCGGACUCUGAUGUAGCAGCUCCUACAGCGUCCACACAUACAGAUGAGGUGGUCAUAUCUGAUGACUCAAAUGGACAUGGCAGGACAGACAGGUUAAAGAAACGAAGAAAACGCAUCGAACAUGAAGUUAAAGAUGAGGAACUGGAAAAAGCCGAACAUUUGAUUCAAAAUGAUUUCGGCAUUCCAGUGGAUGCAGGAAUGUCCCGACAGGAAGUUAUUGAACUGGCUAUGGUUCUCCUUCAAUCCAGGGAAGAUCGAGCCCAGUCACCUGAUGCUGUCAAAGCAAGGUCUCCUAAACAAUAUUCAACAUCUCAAACUAGAAGAAGCACGUCAGAUGAAGAUUCAUUAGAUUUGGACAUCCCAAGCUCAUCAAGAGGAGAAGGAAAGAAGUCUCCCAUUCUUAACAAGGUCCAAUUUUCCAAAGUAGAUACUAACAACAAGAAGAGCAGCAAGUCUCCUGAACCAAGUACAUCCUUUGCAGACGAGGAUGGUAUAGGUCUAUCUGUGAAGAGGACUUCCAGAAGGAAAGCCUCUGCAGAAGUAGAGGCGGAAGCAUACAAAGAUGAUCCUGGAGACAGCUCGCCUGAUGAGGUGAUGUUCAGGGGAGGAAGCAGAGAUGCUGGGGAUGAUGAUGAGAGGGAACCACCUAGCACUAGGAAUCAAAGGAAGAUUGCUUCAGAGAAGCGACAGAGAAAGCGAAGACUUACUGAUGAGGCUGCUGGUGAUGAGAGUCCCAGCUCCCAGGAGGCAGACAGCGCUAACACCAGGCUGAAGAAGUCCCGCAAUCUGCAACUGAACAAGCAGCAGCUGGAGACGAUGCAGGCAAAGACGUCCACGCUACUGAAGAAGUCAGCAGCCAAGGUCAAGUUCUCUCAGGAAACUGCUGGCUCAAGUGGUAGCCAGCCCAACCAGGUGAUGGAAGAUGAUAUAGAUGAAACUCAGGCCCCGGGCUCACAGGAGUUGUUUGAAGGAGAGACUAUCCCCAUGGAUUUACCUGGAACACCAGUCUCAGAUGAAGAGGCAGACCAACACAAGGGCAAGCCAAGGGCCUUGAGGAGUGCAGGAAAGAAAGGCACAGUUGCAGAAAAUGAUUCUCAUUUGUCCCCCCUGAUUCCCAUGAAACGCAGAUACUCAAAAGCUGCGUUACUCAGGAGAUCGCAGGAAAAUGACAUUUCCAAGAGAAGCUUCUUUGCUCCUGUCUCUGCUGACCACAUAUCCUACACUAAAGUCAUCAUCCAGCUGUUUGAUAUUUAUUUCCGUAAACUGAGCAAGGAGCAGGUGAAGGCAGACUCGUAUAUUGAAUGGGGAGAAUCAGUUAAGCCUGGCAGACAUAUGACCCGUACAAUUGAUGCCAAAGGCCGUGGACAGAAAUCUUAUUCUUGGAGUUCGGAGUCCGAUGAAGAAGUUACCAUUCGUUUAGACAAAUCUUCCGACGAGGGAGUUGAGAGCGGUGAAGGUCGUUUAAGAACGAAGUCACGGACAGGAGAAAGAUCAUUACGAGCAACUAAAUCUCGGAAGGUAGUCCACAAUAGUAAUUCUCCUGAUAGUCCGAAGAGCUCUGAGACAGAUGUGAAUGAACAUAAACGUAUACAGCCACGGCGGAUCAUCCCAACACGAAGAGAUCCUCUAGAUGCAUCAAACGAGGACGAGGAGAGUCUUCCAGAUAUUGGAAUCAGUUCAAGUGACAAACCCCCUGAAGCAGGCCAGUGUCGUUACAGUGAGGACACUCAGACAGACUCACCAGUCUACCCAACACUUGUACCCCAGACACUAGCCAUGGAGGAGGACCUCUAUAUGGCUGACACAGAAACAUUUGAGCCAGAGCUGACUGAAGUUCAAAGCAGGGACUCGGACAGUCCCAUGGAAAUUCAACCAAGGAAGACCAUAGUGAACAGCCCAACUGAGAUCCAGAAAAGGAGGACAAUAAAAAGACCGGAUGAUGUGAAAGAAAGUGACAAUUCUGAUCUUGCCACAGAAAUUCUGCGAAGGAGGUCGUUAAGAAAAUCUAGUCCAUCAACCGUGACCUGCUCUCAGGAUACGAGAAGGGACAGUGUCAGCCUCAGCCCCAAACUUCCUGGAAGUCAGGCAAGUAGUGGGAGUAGAGAGUCAGGUUCUUUAAUUAACUCUCAAGGGGAAAUUAAAUCUUUCCAAAAAGCAAGGCCAGGGAAGACAGGCACUUUUAAUUUUGACAUAGAUGAAGAGGAUUCCAAAGAUUCAGAUGUUGGAGGUUUUGUUACCAAGAGAAAGCCUCCAGUGAGCCCCAGGCAAGUUGUUGGUAGUUCCCUGUCAGUGUCUGAGAGAAGAACUCAAAGGGACGUACAGGACAAAUCUGUCAGAGGUAAGGAAGAACCUACAAUAGACAUUGUGUCAUCGGAUUCCGAUGAAGGGUCCCCCGGAAAGGAGAGACUUGCCUCUCCACAUGAAAGCCCUAUUCUCUCUGUACGGAGAAGCGGACACACAUUCACUAGGAAGAAGCGUUCAAGCAUGACAACCACCAGGCAAGAAGCUACUUUGGAUGAGUUCUUCGGUAAAGACAAUUCUGAUUUUGUAACAAACAGGAUUGGAUUAAAAGUGAGGAAUUUGAGUCCUGAUUCUAAACAGCCUCCAAGGGCUUCAACAUCAAAGGACAGAAUCAUUCCGAUAAUUUUAACAGACACUUAUGAAAAGGAAUCCACUUCUGCUGAUAGUUCUCCAGUAAAAGCGAAGAGCUUGAGGAGUGAGUUGCACUUUGCUGACUCCGACGAUUCUGGGGAUGUAGUUCAGUCAGGACCAGAGCUGGACACAGAAGGAAAGAUCCAGUGCCCAAUGUGUUCAAAGCUGUUCCGAGUUAACCUGAUAGAGCGGCACGCCUCGGACUGCCUGGGUCAGCAGGAGGUGACGUCUACUACAGGAGAUGAUGGAAACCUGCAAGCUUCUACAUCCACAAGAUCUAGGCAUCAGGAAAGUGACAAGGGAGACUACUCUGGCAGGACCAGAAUUGCUAAGGAACAAGGUGAUGUUGUAGAAGAGCCAAUACCAAUCAGAGUUAAGCCAAUUCUGCAAAGUCAGCAUAUGGAACAGUGCUGUGUUUGUAACAUGCUGGUGAGACAAGACCUCAUCGAGAAACACACAGAGCAGUGUAUAGCAGACAGAAUGCAGCAAGCAGAGAGAGGAGAUCAGGAUGUGCUUGACCUUGAACUUGAAGCUGAUGAGCCAGAUCGUAGAGCCACCCGGUCUAGAGGACGAGGGCACCAAACUCCGUCAGGGAUGCGACCAAACAUAAAGCAUCGCCUUUUGGACGAGGAAGCAGAUUCUCUGUCCAGUGAGACGUCCGACAACCAUGACCCCGACUGGACAGCAGCGUCCACAACAACGGAGGUGGAGUCGGAAUCACCAAUGAAGUUCAAGAAGAUAUCCCAGUUAGACGAGGCGGAAUUGGACUUCAAGAACCAGUUUAAGUCCAAGGCUGGAGGCAGAGGUGGUAAAAGGGGUGGCGCCUCCCGGGGAAGAGGAAGGAAGUGAUACAUGGACUUACACAAGGACCCUGGUUGUCUGGAAACCUUGCUUCUCUGGACAAUCAUGUUGGUAAUAGAUAAAUAUAACAUAACCUGUAUGCAUGAUUCAUUACUCCAGACGACUUCACUGGAAACAGGAUAUUUUUUACCAAUCCUGCAUUACUCCUUAAUGCAUUCACUGCUUACUUACGACAACUAGAAGGACAGCGCUGCGAAGGUCCUGGGUGAAGAAAUAAAGUUGUUGUUCUCAAGUCCCAAUCAGUGGCCUUCCGUCGCUGUCCUGUGACCUUGAUGACACCUAAGGUCAUCUCCACAUCACUGCUUGUCGCAGCACAGCUAGGACGUGUCCAAGCGGAGCUCUCCUUUUGGAUUAAUUUUAGACCUUCAGUUUGUCUACAAUCUUAAAAAUUGAUCUGCGAUGGGUGAUGUAUUCUUUUCAUAUUACUUUCACCAUGUUGUGUAGUUUUAUGUGAAUUAAUUAGGCGUGAAAAGACUCUUGUCUUUUUUCCCGCCAAAAUAUUGUUGUUCGCCGCCAUUUUGAAUUGUGUUACAAUCGUUUGCCUGCCAAGGUAGUCAUAUUGUUUACAAUUCUCAGCUACGUAUGUAUAACAUAUUCUUAUGUUUUUAAAU